AUGCCGCGAAUACAUUGCCCCACGACACCUGCUCCGUUUCCCACCGACUCAUGGGCAUACCUUCAACGAGCAGAAGAAAGUAAGAGAGGUGAAAAGCCAUCUGAUUACGAGCCUCCAGUCGAAGCACCGGUGCGUCUGAAUAUCGCUAUCGUUGGAGCAGGCGUCGGCGGUCUGGCAACUGCCAUUGAUCUGCGCCGAGAUGGCCAUGCCGUGCAUGUCUACGAGGACGCACCAGCUUUGAGCGAGCUUGGUGCAGGGAUACAGGUCCCUCCAAACUCCCUAACAAUCAUGCACAGAUGGGGCAUGGCAGGUUCGCUGACGGCCAUGUCAGUCGAUCCUCAGAACCUUUGGUGGAAACGUUGGGACAAUGGGAAGAUCAUUGCUCGGACUAAGUACAAGCCAAACUUCGAACAGGACUUUGGUGUGUCAUAUCGGGUCAUUCACCGAGCUCACCUUCAUGGAGCCUUACACGCGAAAGCAGUUGAACUGGGAGUGCACAUUGAGCUCGGUCGCACGGUUCAGGAAUAUAAUCCAGAGCGGCCGUCUAUAAGGUUCAAGACCGGAGGAGAGGUCUUCCCUGACCUCGUGAUUGCUGCUGACGGUCUCAAAUCGUCCGCGAGGCACGUUAUCACAGGGAAGCAAAUCUCACUACGAAAUCAUGGCUUCGCUGCUUACAGAGCGUGCGUUUCGGUAGAAGAAAUGCGAAAGAAUCCUCUGAUCGCGAAGAAUAUGGAUUUCGACAGUCUAUGUCUGUGGGUGGGCGAUCAGACUCAUGUCAUGUCAUAUCCUAUCAAGGGUGGCGAGGACUGGAAUAUGGUCACUACUGUACCAGACCAAAGAGACCGGUGCGGAUGGGACAAUUGGUCAAGACAGUCUCUCGUGAUCAUGCGCUCCUACUAUGUAGGCUGGGAUCCAACUUUACUGGAGAUCCUGAAGCUAGUCAAAAGCAUAUCAAAGUGGCCGGUCCAAGACAUAGAGCAGCUCGACAGCUGGUCACAUCCGAGCAAGAAGAUGAUCAUGCUUGGCGACGCCGCGCACGCCAUGCUCCCUUCUAUGGCUGCAGGCGCCUCGAUCGCCAUCGAAGACGCCUACGGUCUGGCUCAAGCACUUCGAUUGAUUAAGUCACCUUGCGAGCUACCGGAUGCUAUCAAGACUUGGGAAUCUGUUCGCAUCCCUCGCGCUCACGCCAUGCAAGAGGCCAGCUACCGAUACAUGUACACACUUCACCUUGCCGAUGGAUCUCAGCAAAGGGCACGGGACUAG